GAGCGCAAGUACCGCGGCCCUGCCCUCUUCGCGCUGUUUAAUCUGGAGCGCAGGCGUAACAGUACUCAGCUUCACGUCGACAACAUACAACAGAGUUGAGAUUGGCUCCAAGCAGAACCAUGAAAACUUACCCACUUUCUCUACCACUUUGUGCCGCCUGCUUUCUUUUUGUUUCUUUCUCUGCGGUGAGAGGUGAUUCCUGUAAGGUGAACGUGUGUCACAAUGGCGGGACGUGUGUGACUACUGCAGAGAAAGAUUCCUUUAUCUGUAUCUGCUCAGAUGGUUUUAAAGGAGACACCUGCAAUGAGACCGAGUCUGGGCCUUGUCAUCCCAACCCCUGCAAAAAUGAUGGGAUCUGUGAGCUGCAAAGAGGAGAUGUCUUCGGCGGAUAUACAUGCAAGUGUAUGAGAGGCUUUGAAGGCACCCAUUGUGAAAACAAUGUGAAUGACUGCGCUGCUCAGCCAUGCCAAAAUGGGGGUUCGUGUCAAGAUCUUGAUGGAGAUUUCUACUGCAAAUGCCCAUCCCCUUACGUUGGAAAGCACUGCCACCUGCGCUGUAUCUCUCUGUUGGGGUUGGAGGGUGGCGGCAUUGCUGAGUCUCAGAUCGCUGCCUCCUCUGUGUAUUACGGCAUUUUGGGAUUACAGCGCUGGGGCCCUGAACUGGCCCGUCUCAACAACAAAGGACUGGUGAAUGCAUGGACCUCUGCGACGCAUGACAGGAACCCUUGGAUUGAGAUCAACAUGCAGCGCUUGAUGCGCUUCACUGGCAUCAUCACUCAGGGUGCUAGUCGUGUUGGCACCUAUGAGUACAUCAAACAGUUUAAGGUAGCUUACAGUUUAGAUAGGCAGAUGUACACCAUGUACAGAGGCAACGGUCAGAAGAAGGACGUGAUUUUUGUGGGAAACAUGGACAACGACAGCACAAAAACCAAUCUGUUUGAUCCACCAAUAAUUGCUCAGUACAUCCGCAUUCUGCCCGUUGUGUGCCGUAAAGCCUGCACGCUGAGAAUGGAGCUAGUUGGCUGCGAACUAAGUGGUUGCUCAGAGCCAUUGGGUUUCAAGUCACGGCUGAUUGGAGAUACUCAGCUCUCAAGCUCCAGUUCCUUCCGCACGUGGGGCAUUGAGGCCUUCACCUGGCAUCCGCACUAUGCCCGCCUGGACAAGCAGGGCAAGACCAACGCCUGGACUGCAGCCAGCAACAGCAGAUCUGAGUGGCUACAGGUGGACUUGCUAUCCCCUAAAAGGAUCACAGCAAUCAUCACUCAGGGAGCUAAAGACUUUGGAAGCGUGCAUUUUGUUUCAGCCUACAAAGUGGCUUACAGUAACGACGGCAAGACAUGGACUGUGGUACAAGACGACAAAAAAAACACUGACAAGAUCUUCCCUGGCAACAGUGAUAACAAUGUGCACAAAAAGAACGUGUUCGACCCGCCUUUCUAUGCACGAUUUGUCCGCGUGAUCCCGUGGGAGUGGCAUGAGCGCAUCACGCUGCGAAUGGAGCUGCUGGGCUGUGAGGAUUAAAUCACCACCUCCCUGCUCUUUGCUUUACAUCCCUGCAUCCCUUAUUCCUGAGCCACUUAAUGCACUGCCUCACUACCAGCAUCAGAGGGCGCUAAGACCACGUCAAGAAACAAAACCCUAAUAACAACAGCAGGUAAUUGAACUUACCAACACUUCAGGGACGUCCAGCGUAUAAAGAUAAACAAUGCAAUGUAAGUUCUGAUCAAUUCACAAAGCAGUGAGUUGUUUUGGCAUGACAAAUACAAAAGAUUGUGUAAAAACUCAUCUCCAUAGUAAUACAUUUGUAGUAUAAAAAAAUUACAUAUUCAUGCUCCUUUAUCAUGACUGAUGUAUAGUGGGCCAUUUUGAAGUCGGUUGAAAUAAAUAUAUGAAAUAUAUUUGGUUUAAAGUGUUAUUGUACAUUAUAAAUGGGUCACACAUUAAAUAGCUUCAGCAGUGUGUGUGUUUAGUUAUUUAGUUGAUAAUAAAUUGCCAGUAGUUCUUUAUUUUUGUAAGUUUCUGAAUAGUCCAUAACAAGAUCUUUGAUUGUGGGCAUGAGAUCAAUUUUUUUUAUUUUAUUUUAUUAAUGGCUGUAAAACUUUUCUCUGAAAGGAUGAUUUAUUUCUUGAGAAUUUUUCUGGCAAAAUAAACUGUUAUCAAUAUAUUACAACAUCAGUAUCGUGUGAAACAAAGAAAAGGUGUAACUCCGUAUUAUUGUACAUUAAAGCUUUGGCCCAACACUGCCACGGAUAUUUCUCAGGUAGAGUUGAAUCAAUUUCAAUGUGCUACUGAUUUGUGUUUAAAAAAAAAAACUAUAAUAAUAUCAUUCUUAAAUAAACUACCACCUCUGAAUAUUAUAAAUGAAUAAUACCAAAGUGAUUUGAAAUUUUUUUUAUUUUAAUUUAAUGAAAGUGUGUCCUCUUGCUGCUUUGAACGUUAUUCAUUCAGUCUGACUAAUUAAAUAUAUCUAAUAUAUUCAGUCAAGCAUCAAAAAUAUUUUAAAUUGUAGUGGCACGGCAGAAGAAAAAAACAGCUUAUUAAAAAGGGGCCCGGUAAAGGGGUAGAAAUCUAAUUUUGCAUGAUUUCUAUGGUUUGCACUGAAACCCUGCCCUCCCCAAUCUACAUAAUGCUCUCAUGGUGUUGUGAUGUGACCCUCCUCCCCAACAACCCCUAUGAAUUAUAAAUUAUGGGUUUGUGCAAUAUGAUGUGAGCAUUAAUAUUAAUGGGACAUGCCAAGAAAUAAUAUUUUUUUCUAUUUUUUUAGAUGAUUUUAAACAUACUAGUAGAUUGUAGGGGG